AGGCGGGCAGAGGCGGGCAGGCGGCGGCGGCCGCUCAGGUGAGGAGGCGGAGCCACAUCGGCCCACGGGGGCGGUGCGGCCGGGCUCGCUCAUAGGCAGCGGCCGGGUGGCGACUGCGCCCUGUUCUGCCGUGCGAUGGACUACGCCGGGCUCGCCGAGACGGCCGCCGAGAAGAUGGAGCUGUACCGGCGGGACCCCGACGGCUGGCGGGGCUGCCGCCGCACGAACGAGGUUGCGGUUUCCUGGAGACCCUCCAAGGAGUUCGCUGGCAGCUUAUACAGGGCAGAGGGGACCCUGCUUGCCAGCCCCCAGGAUGUCUGGGAAUGCAUAAAGCCGGUGGCCGGCGGGUCUAGGACCAAGUGGGAUCAAAACGUGAAGGACUUCGAGGUGAUCGAAGCCGUCAGCGAUACUGUCUCUGUGUGCAGAACCACAACCCCUUCAGCUUUCAUGAGGAUUAUUUCACCGAGAGAAUUUGUGGAUGUGGUGCUAAUGAAGCAGUAUGAAGAUGGGACGAUGCUGUCUGCUGCCACCAACGUGGAGCACCCGCUGUGUCCUCCUCAGCCAAACUUGGUGCGAGGCUUUAACUACCCCUGUGGCUGUUUCUGUGUGCCUUGCCCAGGGGAGCCAAAGAGGACCCAGCUCCUCAGUUUCUUUCAGACUGAUCUUGGUGGCUACCUUCCCCAGUCGGUGGUGGACUCCUUCUUCCCAGCAAACAUAGCUACAUUUUACAGUAACCUGACCAAAGCUCUUAAGACAUUAAAAGCAUGACAGGACCAUUGCUGACAUCACCAGCUGAGGGCAGGGAAAAGCCUGGAGGCUUGGGGAUAGGGAUAAGAAGCUGGCCUACAAGACUUUUGUACCAACAAAGAUACUGAAGAAAGGUGAAAGGGGAACAAUGAACUGAGUAAAGCAAAAUUUUCAACCAGCAUUCUCUGCCUGUGCAAAGCAAUGCAUUCUUUCCUAAGGUGAAAUCCUUCCUUUGCAUCGUUAAGAGUCCUGGAGACAGCGCUGGAGGCUGGCCAUGGGAAGAAGGUGCACUGCUGGACCUGUUGUUGGCCACACUUCUCAGUGCCUGUAAGGAAAGGGAUUGCUAAAAUCUGCUUAGAACUACAGCAGUAGCCAGGUGCAGGUCAGCUCUGCUUUGUCCCUGAAGCCAUCUGUAGGCUCCUGGGGAGCAAAGUUCCCUCCCCAAAGCAAGAAGCAGCCGCCGGCACUUGUGGAGCUGCAGAGAUGCUUCAGUGGGUCCAAGCCAGCAAAGGGGAAAAGGCAGAACAAACUGGGCUGUGUGGAGGAUCCCACACAUUGGUUGAGCAGACAGUGCUGAUGGUGACUGUGCCUGAAGUGCUUUUGUAACAAAGCAGGGUCCAGCAGUGCAGAUGAAUGGCUGAGUCUGUGGCUUGGCAAGUAUGCUUCCUUCAUCCCUGCUGCACCAAAGCCAGCCAUUUCCACAGUGUCAUGGAACAGUCUGCACUGGCAGAGUGGUGGUAAGUAAAGAAGAUUAAGCACUUUGCUUGCCACUUUUGAAGCUGCAGUAGAAAUGACCAUUUUCAACUGGACUUGAACAGUUUUUGGUCUCCUGUGGUGAGAGGUUUUAACGGGUCAACAAUCUUUCUGGAGUGUUUCCUUGGACAGGCCAUAAGGACAUUGCUGUGUUUUUUCCUAAGAGUGAGUUGCCUUGCAGCACUGUCCUGGGAAAUCAGCUCCUGGUCUUGUGUGCAGUCAUGUAUCCUGCUUCAGAAAACGCUGAUGGUGCUGGUCACUGCAGGAAUGUCAGGCAUUGCUACAGAACACAUCUAGUUACAACAGGAAAAAAUAAUCACUGAAUCAUGACUUUAAAUGCAGGCUAUGAUUUUAAUGCUGUAACUUGAUUAUUUAAUAAGGUUAAAAUGCUCUGCUUUCUGUCCCUCUGUUUGCUUUGUAUUUUGGGCAUAGACUUGCACACAGAGUUUUCCACUGGAAACCUUUCCCCAUGGAAUAGGUUUCAUCAAGGAAACCCAGGUUUUAAUCUAGUCUAUUUUGUGUACAAAGAUGUAAAAACUUGUGUGAGUGUGAUGAAAUAAAUAUUUUUCUGAUACAUCUUCCUGGUUUUCCUGCAUCAUCCUUUAUGAUGUCUCCUCGUGUACCUGCUUUGCCAUUAAGGAAACAGAAGAGCCACCUAGACCUCCAGCAUCUCUGAAUUCAAGGCAGCAAGAGAGGGCAGAGCCUCCACUCCCAUUUACAUGCCCCACUCGUGGGAUAAAGGUGACUUUAUGAGCACAGUCACCCAGCUCCUGUGCCCACAAUUGGUUCCUCACUUCCAGCUGCUGCUGUUUGUGCUUAUGAAGAGUAACAAAUUCACUGGGGAGGGAUUUGGGCCCUGCUCUUGCAGAGGUUCAUCCAUAGUUCUCUCUGUGUACUGAAACUGGUAGGCAUGAAGUACAAUAUCUUUACAAGUCUUUGCAGCAUUGUGAUUAAACUAAUUGGAAAAAAGUUCAGCACUCAUUGUUCCUGCUAGGAAACCUUUUGCAGACAAU